UCAGUCACACACACACAUGUCAACAAGACUGCCAUUUAUAAACGAGUUGACAGUCGGACACGCGAAUGUUUUGUUCUGAUGGCAUUGUGAGAGAUUUAACCGUCCAGUCGUCAAUAUGGGUUCUGAAGAAGAUAACGGUGUGGAUCCAGUAUGCAUGUUCUGUUCUCAUAAGAUAGCGGACGAGCAUUAUGUUCAAGCUCUGCAGAUGGAAUGGCACAUCCACUGUUUCAAAUGCACGGUGUGUAAUAACAAGUUAUCGUCGUGGUACUUCGAGAGAGAUGGACAUUUGUACUGCAGGCAGGACUACAUGGCCAAGUUUGGAGAAGCAUGUAAUGGCUGCGCACAAAUCAUAACCGGACCUGUCAUGGUCGCCGGAGAACACAAGUAUCACCCCGACUGCUUCGUCUGUAUAAAAUGUAGCACCUUUAUUGGGGAUGGUGAUGGCUAUGCGCUGGUAGAGAGAUCCAAACUGUACUGUGGCAAGUGUUACCACAGUAUCCUAGUCCCCAUCAUCACCAGCUCCCCAGCAUCCCGGGUUCCCCACAUGGUGCAGCUGGUAACGAUACCACCCACCCCCGACGGCCAGAAGAGGUUCUCUAUCUCAGUAGAAGAGACCAUGCAGUACCCGACGUCACCCACCCCGACCUCGGAGAAGGUGUCCGUCCAGAGUCUAUGUGUCAAAGAGGUUGACUCCACACCAUCAGAGGCUUCCUUGAGAGUAGGUGACAGAAUACUGGAAGUAAAUGGAACACCAGUCAGAACGCAAAACUUACACGAGCUCGAUAGAUUAAUCAGCCAGAGUAAAACCGAGCUCCAACUCACCGUCGAGCACGACCCCACGUCACCUUCCUCAGCGGCGACAAUAACAACAAAAUCAAAGACAACGACAACAACAACAACAACAACAACCAAGACAACAACGCGGGAGGUGAAGGAGGGACCCACGUCCGUAAAGCAUCAUUCCACGGAGACGCACAAACCAAAGACGUUGAACAUUGCGGCGAGACUCGAGAUUCAUCAGAGCAAUGAGGAGAAGGAACAGAAGAAGCAAACGAUUCCAAUAACGAGACCGGAACGAGGGGCGUCCAUGUCCAAGAUGAAAAAACCCUCGGACAACGGAAACCUUGGGCAGACGUUGACGUCUCCCAUUAACAGAGCCUCUUCCCUCAAGCAGUGCACAAAGAGUCAUCGUAUCUUCCGGCCCUCGGACCUCAUCAAGGGAGAGGUCCUGGGCCAGGGUUUCUUCGGAAAAGCCAUCAAGGUUACGCAUCGAGGAACUGGUGAAGUUAUGGUCGUCAAGGAAUUGAUAAGAUUCGAAGAUGACGCACAAAGAAAUUUUCUCAAAGAGGUUAAAGUACUUCGUAGCCUGGACCAUGUCCAUGUGUUGAAAUUCAUAGGUGUUCUCUACAAGGACAAGAAAUUAAGUCUGGUUACAGAGUACAUAGACGGAGGAACGUUACGAGAUGUCAUUAUAAAUAUGGAUUGUGAUUAUCCAUGGCUGCAUAGAAUAAAUAUAUCAAGGGAUAUAUCAUUAGGAAUGACGUAUCUGCACUCGAUGGGCAUCAUACAUAGAGAUCUCAACUCCCAGAACUGCCUCGUCAGAAAGAACGGGCUGGUAGUCGUAGCUGAUUUUGGAUUAGCGCGCAUCAUGGUGCAGGACAAGACGGAUCCACGUGUCCCGUCAUUUGACAGGAGUUCCGGCACGAGACGAUCCGGUCGUAAGAAACGCUACACAGUCGUUGGGAACCCAUUCUGGAUGGCUCCAGAGAUGCUAAAAGGCAAAGCCUACGAUGAGCGCGUAGACGUCUUCUCUUUCGGUAUCAUCAUGUGUGAGCUGAUUGGUCGAGUCAGCGCUAAUCCCGACCACCUCCCGAGGACGAUGCAGUUCGGACUCAAUGUCGCCCUCUUCAAGGAGCAGUAUUGUGACGGCUGCCCGGUGCGUCUUCUGGACAUCGCCACCAAGUGUUGUGAAAUAGAGCCAGAGAAAAGGCCGGAUUUUAACGACCUACAAGCCUGGCUCAAGUCUCUAUCACUGAAGGUAGAAACCAACGGCAUCCAAAAUGGAACAAUACGGACAAUAUCCAUCCCUGUUUCCACAACGGCGACGUCAUCAACAACAACACCAGCUGAUAACCUACCUGCCAGUGACUGAAAGCUUGUCGUCACUAAAGAUAAAUAGACACGACGCAGCUUUUUUGUAUAUACAGAUUUCCGCCCACUUCCAGCUUUGAAUCUUGAGAGAGUAUCUUGAGAGAUUAUAAUCUCAAACACUGAUGAGAUCUUCUUGGUAUUACUGUCUUCUCAAGUUUCUUCAAAAUAUAACUUCUUCGGCAGUGAAGCCGAGAAAUUCUUCACUGUUAAAAAAACAGUGACUCGUCUACAGGACUCGUCUACAUUUGAAGACACCUCAAGUGUUCUCUAUAGAAGGGAGUUUUGUUCUCCAUUUUCGCUUCAGAUCCAGAGGACAUCAUCAUAACAGGUCAACGGUUUGUGUAACCAUCUUUACAGUUUUCAGUCAAGUACUUCACGAAUAAGAAAGUGCUUCGGUUAGAGAGCUUGAAGAUUUCUGCACCACAUCGUUAUUAAAACGACAGUUCGUCUUCCAGAGGAAGUUUUUCUACAGGACUCGUGACACUCGUCUACAUUUGAAGACACCUCAUCAAGUGUUCUCUAUAGGGGGGAGUUUUGUUCUCCAUUUUCUCUUGAGAUCCAGAGAAUUAUCAUCGUAACGGGUCUCAGAUCAUUUGUGUAACCGUCUUUAGUCAAGUUCUGCGUGGAUAAGAAAGUGCUUCAUCAAGAGAGCCGAGGAUUUCUUCACUGCAGCAAUAUUAAAAGUCAGCUCGAAUUUCAAAUUUCUGCUCCUUCCAAGUCUUUGAAUCCAUACUAAAAUAAUUUCAAAAUUACUUGGUCAGCAAGGUCUAAACUUUGAUUGCCCAAAAGAAUAUCACUCCAUAAGUAUUCUCACAAGCACUUACUCUUAGAAUCCAAAGGUCUUAACCAAUGACAAUUGUCGGUAAUUUGUACCUAAAUAUUAAACCAUCUGCAUUGGUCAGAUAAUAAUACAUUUUGGUACCCCACAACACUGCCAGCCAUAUUAUUGUAAAGUUGCAACAUGAAUACCUAAAUUCUACCCCCCCCCCUCUCCAUUCAAAUCCCCAAGACUUCUCAAAUUUUUCAAGAAAUACUCAUAUUUUUGUGCCUAAUCACAAUGACAUUAUGACAAUCUACAUUUAUACUACAUCCCACAUAGCUUACAGAAACAAAGUCUUUCCUGACCGAAAAAUUCUCUGGAAGUUUCUCUUUUCAAAGCCAAAGAUGUCUGAAUGGUUUUAUACUUCUCAUGUUUAUUUAGUGUGGAAGCAUUUGCUCACAUUUAACCAAAGUGCACACUGCAUGUAAAUAACACGAUUUGAAAUGCUUGUACAUACUUUUGUGAGUUAUACAUAACACUCUGAGUGAAGAAUAGUCAUAAAUACUCGGCAAAACUCCCUAGUGUUGAUUUGCACUCUGGUAUUGGAGAGUUCAUUCCCUCUCACUGUCGGACAAUUAAAUAGACUUCAUCCACAGAAUGCUAGAUGCACUAUGCCAGAUGACAUUGAAAUAUUAUGUGGUGAAUGUGCAUUAGAAUCUACCCUCUUACUAUCUGACCAUUUAAAGACACUGGGGUGGAUUUCACAAAGAGUUAGGACUAGUCUUAUCUCGAGUUAGGACCAGU